UACGUCGACUGAAGGAAGAACAAACUCUCCCAGAGAACGUCAUCCCAAACCUCUGUUCCUUUCUACAUAUUAAAGACAUGCACAUGAUAUCCAAUCAUGAGUGCACGUUCCCAACCAACGAAAAUUCAAGUGUUACCCACUACAUCGCCAAUAUCACGGAAUCCGAUUUCCUAACGACAGAAAAGACAGUUUUCAAGAAUCUUACAGAGAAGGCCCGAAAUAUAACGCGCCAAGCCGAUGAGCAAUUGAAACAGAUCCUGAGGGUUCGCGGAAUGGACGCCAGCAAGUAUCUUUACAUUCGAAACCGUACAGCAGAUCUGGAGCAGGCUGUAAAGAAUAGAAUGGCGAUAGAGAUUGGCUCUUAUCUGUACUUUCCUGGAGGGCACUGGGUCCCACUGAACUGCAAAGCCAAAUGGAAGGUUUCAUUGAUCAUUCCUUACAGGAAUCGGAGUUAUAACCUAAAUAUCCUUCUGAGAAACUUAAUACCCUUCUUACAGAGUCAGGAGUUGGAGUUUGGAAUCUUUAUCGCGGAACAGGGUUCCUCUGAAGUAAUGAACCGAGGUCUAAUGAAGAAUAUAGGCUAUCAGAUGGCGAAGUUGAGUGGAACAAUCUGGGACUGCUACGUGUUUCAUGACGUCGACUAUGUUCCCAUUAAUUCUACGAACUACUAUGGGUGUGAUGACUACCCCAAACAUUAUGCCACCAAGCUUGAAGAAUUCAAAUAUGACAACCCCUACAUGAAAGAUUUUGGAGGCGUCGUGGGAUUAACUGGGCUGCAAAUGGAUAAGAUUAACGGCUACUCCAACAUGUAUUGGGGAUGGGGCGGCGAGGAUACCGAUUUGUAUAAGAGGGUAACAUUCAGCAAAUUUAAAGUCACCAAAGCAACAGACGGAUAUUACCGUGAUCUACCUCAUCAGAAGAAAACAGAGAGAGAAGAAUGCAAACAAAGGCUGCCAUUCGUUCAACUGCUGCUGGUGCACGCUUACUACGAAAUCGGAGCUUCCAUCAAGCAAGUUGCCCUCGCUUACAUCCUGAUGUCUAACAAGAGGAAGAGAGCGUACAGGGAGGCCAUUCAAGAGCUAAGGGAUGCACUGCCAGGACCAGCUGCCGUGGAGGAGAUCAUGGUAGAUUUUGAGGCAGCUCUAUGGAAGGUUCUUCCCCGAAUCUUUCCACAGGUAAUUACAAAAAUACACCACAGACGAGGUGACAAGAACCCUUCUGCAGAAGAUCAUGACUCUGCCAUUCCUCCUUAUCAACGAAGUGGUGCCAACAUUCCAACUGCUUCGACAGCAGAGAAAUGCGCCACUACUAGAUGA